GUAAGACUUAAACAAAGAGGGUACGUCCGUGGAUACUGGCGGCCAUUUUCUCCUACUGAAGACGGAAGCAAUGAGAGCACGAAUCAGAAAUUUUCAUUGCGUCACGUGACUGUGCCAUGUCAACAUGGAGGCUGGCGAGCCGAUAUUCCCAACAUGUUGUACGUCAAUUGCCGCCUGCUUAUUUCUAUCAGUCGCUUACGUUGCGAGCUUGUAUAUAUGGGGCACAAGAGAAAGCAGGGAUGACCCUGCUAUGAUAGUGAAAAGAUUUUACAGUGUGUUUGUGAUGAUGUUCUGGUCGCCUCUGCUAGUCUAUAUAUGCUUGGAUAGAGAAGUCCUGCUCAAGACCUCAUUAUAUCAUCUUCUUGGAUUUAAACUGGAAGGCCUUGUUCAAGCCCUUACUAUUCCUUUGGGGCUUACCAUGGUUUUAUUCCUUGGAUCUCUUUCAAUGCAAGGGUUGACAGGAUUAUGGCAUCUUUAUACAGAGCCUAUGUACUGGGUUUGGAAUAUGAAAGAUAUUCACUUUUUACGGAGUCAUGUUGUUGCUCCUAUAGCUGAGGAAUUUGUAUUUCGAGCAUGUAUGCUACCUCUCUUGCUUCAAUGUUUUCAACCUCUAACUGCAAUUUUUAUUGCACCCCUGUUUUUUGGUGUUGCUCAUCUCCAUCAUAUGUAUGACAGAGUCAUGCAUGCCCAGCUGCCCUUUAAACAUGCAUUAGCAAUUUCCUGUUUCCAAAUGACCUAUACAACAAUCUUUGGAGCCUAUUCUGCAUUUUUGUUUGUGCGGACAGGCCACUUGGCUGCCCCAUGCGUAGUCCAUGCAUUCUGCAACCAUAUGGGAUUUCCUGAUUUCUCAGAAGUUUUUACUUAUAAGAAUCCCCACAAGUUCAUUGUUGCCUCAUUAUUCUUGGUGGGACUUGUUGCCUGGUGUUUCCUUCUAGCACCAUUAACAAAGCCAUCUUUGUAUUACAACAAUUUAUUUUGGAAAGAGUAACUGGUGUAAUGACUGAUUGUUUUAUUGCUGUUAAUUUAUAGUCAUAUUUAUUUAGAUAAUUUUUGAACAGUUACUUGCAUAGAAGUAACACUUCUCUAAUUUUUUCUUCUCUUCUUCAAGUGGGUAAUUAUAUGUAGUGAUACUUCUGUGCCAUUAAUCUAGGCUGUGAUUAGCCAUACGUGUCUGAGAGUCACUCCCCCACCUUUUUUCUUUUUACCAGUAUUGUGGUUGAUGCUAAUUAACAUCUAUAUUAUUUUUAAUUGUUGUGUUCUCUAUCAUAAUUGACAAAUGCACUUAAAAGUGAUAAAUUGAAAUGUAAGUUAUCAAAGAUGAAACUCUAUACUCUCUUGGUUUUGUGGACCAUUUCAAAUCUUGUACUUAUAAUUGCAUAUACUGAACUCUCUGUUUUCUAGUCAUUCUUAUUACUUUAAUUGCUGUGAAGAGGACAGAUAAGUUCAAAAUUUUGUGUCAUCAGAUAUUAGAAAAGAACAAUUAGUGCUACAACUGACCACAUUUUAAGAUAUUAAUCUGGUGUUGAUGUUAAUCUGCACAAGGCAUUCCAGCACUUGAUGAAAAUACUUUUCAAGGGUACUGCCCUAGACUCUAAAAAGUAAACCAAUAAUAUUCUUCAAACACUAAUUGGUGCGCUUGUAGCUUCUCAAAAGCACAAGAAAAAGAAAGAGGACAAAUCCUUUGUACUUGCCCUUCCCUCUUCUCAUAUCAUAAGGUUUUGCACCUGUUGGUUCUAGCAUUCUAGCUUUUAUAAUAGAUGAAAAUUAUAAUUAUGCAUGUACAUCUUCCAAUUAAUGUAGGAUAGUGGUACCUCUGCAGAUUGUCUUCUAAAUGUUGGUAGUUAGGGUUGAUCGAAAUCACCUCAUUGUAAGAUAAACAUUUAUUUAAUUUAUAUUUGUUGACUCUAACUUUUUUAGAGUAUAACUCACAUCUAAUUUGUAUCAGAAGGAACUAAUACAAAAUAUAGAAAUUUAAAGCUGAA